AGGACGAGAGCUGCAUGUACAGCCCCACCGGGAAGGCGGCCAAGUGCCGCGGCUACCGCGAGAUCCCCGAGGGCAACGAGAAGGCUUUGAAGAGAGCGGUGGCCAGGAUUGGGCCCAUCUCCGUGGGCAUCGAUGCCAGCCUGCCCUCCUUCCAGUUCUACAGCCGAGGCGUGUACUACGACGAGAGCUGCAACGCUGAGAACAUCAACCACGCCGUGCUGGCCGUGGGCUACGGGGCACAGAAAGGCACCAAGCACUGGAUCAUCAAGAACAGCUGGGGCGAGGAAUGGGGCAACAAGGGCUACGUCCUCCUGGCCCGCAACAUGAACAAUGCCUGCGGUGUGGCCAACCUGGCCAGCUUCCCCAAGAUGUGACAACCCCACCCAGGCCUUCCCUACCCACUGCCCUGCCUCCAGCUUGGCCCCUUCCCUCCCAGCCCCAAAGGUGACGGUGCUCCCAGGGAGAAUUCUUUGUUUCCAUGAGAAAUUUCUCCUGGGAAAAGGGAAAUUCACCUGCAGGGAAUGGAAAAUUCACCUGCAGGGAAUGAAGGAUGAGUCCCCUCAACUCUGUUUUUCACACUUCUGCAUUCCCAUGAUCUGUGGAGGCCAAUCCACCCAGACAUGCUUCAGGAAGCAGGUUCCACACCAGCCUCUGCCUCAGGAGGAAUAUUCCCAAUGGAGAAGAAAAAUCCCUCUCCCUCCACCCUGUAUCCCAGUGGAGGCUGCUGAGAGUGAUCUUGACUUUAUUUUUCAACUAAAAUUGGGAAUAAGG